UCCCCUCCAUCCCUAACAGUCAAGUCAAACACCAACCACACAAGAGCCGAGCAAGACACCAGCAAUGGCCGGAGGAGGAAACGACGAGGUGAAGCUGCUGGGCAUGUGGGCGAGCCCGUUCGUCCUUCGAAUCAAGCUCGCGCUCAGCCUCAAGGGCGUCGCCUACGAGUACGUGGAAGAGGACCUCAAGAGCAAGAGCGAGCUGCUCCUCAGGUCCAACCCCGUGCUCCAGAAGGUGCCGGUGCUCAUCCACGACGGCAAGCCCGUCUCCGAGUCGUCGGUCAUCCUGCAGUACAUUGACGAGGCCUUCGCCGGCGUCGGCCCCUCGCUCCUCCCGGAGGAGCCCCAUGGCCGCGCCGUCGCUCGCUUCUGGGCCGCCUACAUCGACGGCACGCUCGUGAAAGCAUCGUCCGAGGCGUCGAUGGGCAAGACAGAGGAGGAGAAGGCCGAGGGGGCGAAGCAGGUGGCGGCCGCGGUGGAGACCCUGGAGGGAGCCCUGAGGGACUGCUCUAACGGGAAGCCCUUCUUCGGUGGCGACACGGCGGGGUACGUGGACGUGAUGCUCGGCGGCCUCCUCCCGUGGGUGCACACCAGCGAUAAGAUGAAGGGCGUCAAAACGUUCGACCCCGCCACGACUCCGCUCUUGGCUGCGUGGGCGGACAGCUUCGGAUCGUUGGGCGCCGUCGAGGCGGUCAUGCCGGAUGUGAGCAAGCUCAUCGAGUUUGCCAUGGCGAUGCAUGCUCGCGCCGCGGCCGCGGCAGCCGGCGCAACAAACUGAAGAGACGUGCCUACCUACAGCCGGAGUAUUAACCGGAAACCGAAAACCGAAAUAUCAAACCGAACCGAACCGUAUUAACCAAUUUGUUGGUUCAUUUGGUGGUUUGUUUUUUGGUUCGGUGGAAAAUUUUAAGGUUGUUUGAUGUUUUUUUGUUUUGUUUUUUGUGCCUGGAAACCGAAUAAACCGAACAAACCGAUAUGCGGGAUAUCCUAUGUAAAACCUUGUUUCCGUAAGUACAACAGUAUGAAGACAUCA